AAGAAGAGGUGAGGGGAUUGGCUGUAUGAAAUGCAGGGCGGACAGCGGAGGAAUGCUCUUAGAUAGUCCUGAUCUGUAACACUACAACAGACCCUCCCUUUGGCAGGUUGAAGGCGAAGCGGAUCCCCAUUUUUUUAAAUGCGCAUAUCAGGGCGCAUCCCUUAGAUCGCCUCGUGCAGCUCUGCGGUUUUCGGAUUCCCUCUCUUCUCCCUCGUUUCGUCACGGAAUUCCACACGGUAAUUAUAGCAGAAGUCAGUCAAAAUGGAUUCACUUUGCAUUGCAGUGUUCUCUAUGCUUCUGUGCUCAGCUUGGUCUGCAACCAUAAAAGCAAAAGAUGACCAUCGUACUGCAUUUUUUGGAGAAGAUAUUCAUAUUCCUUUGCCAGCACUGGACACUACAGAGGUGGUGUUUAAACCACGGGUGGAGCCUCUCAGUGAGACCGUUUUGUUCCGGAAUGGCAAGAGACUGAGCACCAGAGCCAAACUUAUCGAACACAUCAGCCACCUAGUCCUGGAGGAUGUGGGUGAAGAGGACGAGGGCACGUAUGUAGUGAGGAACUCUGCAGCACCAGCUGAUGUCAGACGCAUCAUCCUGAUAGUUAGAGAUUGCGCCUUAGAGACAACUGUGAAGUACGGUGAAACAUAUCAUAUCGCACUAACCGACAUCACUGGUCCCUAUACCGUGGAGUUUAGACCCAGUGCCAGUCAGAUUAAUCAAACAUUAGAUCCACCAGCUUUGGUUCUUCUCAACCAGAGCACAAUCCAGGUGGAGGAGUAUAGGAGUCGUCUCAGUGCGAAUGAGAAGAAGAUUAACCUUCGUUUGGUGACUGGAGCAGAUGAGGGGAGCUACACUGUGCUGGACAGUGACAAAAAAGUCUGCAAGAGGACCUGUCUGAAUGUGAAGGAGCACCAGACCUUUAUGCACUUGCCGUAUGAUGGAACUCUAAAGAUCAAGCUCUACAUAAACUACACCAAGGUGAACAUGGUCUACACCUCAGACUCUGACCACAAGGACCGGAUCAUUCUGGAUCAGGGGGAGCUGGUGAUGCCGUUGGACCCCAUGCUGGAUGGUCGAGCCACAUUUGAUGGCUCCAUGUUCUACCUGAAGAAAGUCAAAGUCAGUGACAUGGGCAUUUUCAGAGUGACUGACUUGUCAGGUUUCCGCAUUGCUGAUGUUUACGUGAACGUAGAGCCUUACAAACUCUCUCAGAUAUAUGUGGUGCUCCUCUCGUUGGUCGGUCUGCUGGUUUUCCUUCUGUUGGUGUGUCUGGUCUCCUGUCAGUUUAAGGUUCACCGUCGGGCAGCGAGAGCCCGGAAGAUUGCUCUGAUCGCUCAGCAGGCUGGAAAGAGUGAUGGAGAUGCCUUUAGACAGGUGGUUCAUGAUGCUUACACCAGAUUCACAGAAGACUCCACUAUGCAGUCCACCUGGGAGAACAACACGGAGAGCACAGAGGUCGAGAUUAAGGGACUGGAAGUGUCUAAAGCUGGGCGGUACCACACGUUUCCUUCCGAGAAGAAUUUCCUGGAGAUGAGUGACUCAGGUGCAGAAUGUAACUCUGCUGUAUUGCCGUUGGACAGUGAUACUGAUGUGCCUCAGACCUGUGCCUCCUACAAGCUGCUCAUUGACUCCGACAGCCUUGCCGCUGUUCCCCCGACGAUUUCCGAGGGCAACCCUAGCGCCACCUGCACCCCUGAUUCUGUUGCCAGUGCCAGCCCAGCUACCCAGCCCAGAUCUGAAGGUCACAUGGAUGGCGACUUGAUGGCAGCCACCACCCCUGACCAAGCCCCUAAAGCCCAGGGGCUAGAGGCUGUGUUAACUUCAGCUCCAGCAACCAGCCCGGUGCGAGAUACAAGCCAAGAUGGCGCGCUGCUUGCUGACACAGCGGCCAAAUUUGAUCAGAGCAAUGAUGCAGAUGGUACCACAACCUGAGAGUCUGCUUGCUGGCAAAAAAAAACACUUCAGAAUAUUCACUUCCACUAACCUAAUCUGAGCCUGACCAUUUCAAGUGCUCCCCUCUCUCUACCAUAAGAUUUAGAACGAAUCACUGCUUGCAUUGCUAAGGCUUCUCAGUAACACUGAGAAAACAUUAAUUUGCCUGGAGUUUUUUUUAUAUACAAUGCUUUGACAAAUAUAGCACUAAAUCCUAACCUAUAGAAUAAAACAUUUAGAGCAAAUACAUAAUAAUGUAAAAAAGAGCCUUGCUGGAUUAACCUUAAAGAACACAGGUCAUGUGUUCGCUUCUGCACAUUGCAUGCAUGUAAAAUGCCCAGUUUUUUUUUAUAUGGAUAAGUGUCAAAUACUACAGUAGGGUGAUUGUGUAGUGCAUGUUAUAACUUCAAACAUUUCCAAAUUCUCUGAGGCUGUCUGAAAAAAAAAGCAUCACAAAAAGAGAUAACUUCUCUUUUUAGCCUUUUUUGUAUCAUGGAACUGAUCUUUGAAUUUGUAAUUGACCUUAUGGCAACACUGCUAUUUUGCCACAAAGGUCUUUAUCCGUAUCCUAAUUGACACUUAAUUUUUCUUCAAACAAUGCUCAAAACUUACUUGUGACCCCAAAAAAUAAUGGGAGUGAACAAAAAUAGAUAAAUAACUGAAACUGUAAAAAAAAGCCAAAAAAAUAAACAUCCCUGCUGAAAAAUCCAGAUCCAGACCAGACCAGAUGCUGGUACCUGAUUUUGGAUUGUCACUGAUUGUUGAAAAGCUGGUCAGGCAGUAUCCACGCAUGCUGGCAGGAUAGAUAAUUAACCAGAUCUUGAGCAUCAUAGUGUAUGUUGGAUUUAAUUUGUGUCAUGCUUGUUCAUGCUGGUCGAUCAGUGUGUUUAAAAGGCUUGGUCAGGCUUAGUUAUAUUGGUUGUUCCGUAUGAUCAGAGUGAUCAUGCUAUACAGAAACAUACAGUACCUGAUGCUUGUCAACAAAUACUGUAAGUUGGUCAACCAGCUUAAAUGAGAACUAAAGUGUGAAACUGAGUUUCUGUGUAGUAAAACAUGAUAAAGAGUACAAAUCUGUGUUGAAUAGGCCACCUCCGACCUCCUGCAGCUUUCCAAGAUUCAGUAAAUUUAUUUCAUUUGUCCAAACACCCUUUAGACUGGGUGAUACGGGGCAUAUUCUUGCCCCUGCAGAUAAAUCUAUCCCAUUGGUAGAAUCCGGAGAUCCCUGACGUUUAAAGUGAGGCAUUAAGAACUUUAAAAGUGCACAAGAAGUUAAGAUUAAGUUUCACACUGGAGUUCUCCUUUAAUCAGCUUAAUCAUCUGAAGCUGGUCAUGCUUUUUUUUCAGCAGGGGUAGAUUUACAAUGUAACCACCAAACUGUUUUUAACUGUUUGCUACAGAUGUUUUAGUUGGCAACAAUCUCACUGGUAUUGCAAUGUCUGUAGUAUCAAAACAUUGAUAAAAAAUUUGGAAAUGGCUUUUCACAACAGUUAAUCGUUUUGUAUUUUAGAGUUUUGUUCUAAAAAUUAAUUCAUUGCCAACCUCACCUCCAAAAGAAAGAAAGAAAAAAUGUUCAUAAAUCAAUUACAUCAAUACUUAACUCUAUCUAUCUAUCUAUCUAUCUAUCUAUCUAUCUAUCUAUC